UAUGAAAUGUUCGUUGGAGAAUUAACAGAUGCCUAUGUUACCGCCGCCCCUCAGUUCAGAGUAACUGCUCGGAACGUUACUUUAGAGUCUAAAUGCGCUGACUCAGGAGUCAAACAUUACUUUACUGUAUCGCUCAAUAUUUCAGCUUUCACGUUUGAUGAUUCAAACAGGGCCUUCAGCAAUGUCCGUCUUAAUAUAAAUAACGUAAAACCAUUGCCGAUGGUUGAUGAAGAAGGAAAUAUUCUUCCCAUAAAAGUCAAGGAAAUGAAGAUUUCUGAUUUUUCCGACAAGCCCACAAAGCUCACGUAUGCGGUAUAUCGUUAUGUCUGGGAGAACACCAAUGACCCUACAAUUGUUGUUGGUAAGUCCGACAAGACAGCAGAGAGAAAUGUGGAGGCGUUUGCUGUGUCAUUCCAUGACAUGCAUGAGCAUUUGGUCGAAAGGGGUACUAUCCCUCAGAACUGCAACCCAGUUUCGAUCAACGGGGCGAUCAGUCGUCUAAGAACGAAUGCUACUGCUAGGCCUAUUCCCCGUACCAUGAGUACGGUUUACUCAUACAGCACCAAUGUGAGAAAAACCAUUUGGGACGCUCCUUGUUUUAGCUUGGAGAAUCUUAUGAAUGAAAAGUUACCUUUCUCGCCAAACAUUUUAACCAAAACAAGUACCGCAGCCAUGGAAACCUAAUCCCGG